AGCAUCCUCGAGUACACGAGCUUGACCCUCGGUGUCCUUUUAUCCCAUCUGUCCAAAGAUCAAGAGAAAGAUCAAGAGAAAGAUCAAGAGAGAAAGAGAAAGAGAGAAAGAAAAUUACUAAGUAAAUCAGACAUUUUAACGAGGUGUUAACAAGAUCUUACAAACUUUUCAUCCCCCUUUACUUUUUCUAUUCUCAAGGAAAAGAAGAAAUUCUAUAAUAUAUAAUAAGAGAGAUCACUAAUUGUUGAAGAUAUAAUAAGAAGAAAGAUGAAGUUCUCAACAGUGUGGUUGUUUUGCUGUUUCAUCGUCCUGGCCGAAAGGAGCCUUGCCAGUCCUUAUUUUGAUGAAGACUCGCUCGCUUUAAUACCGGAAGAAGACUCUUUGCAGGUGGUAGACUCGGACUAUACAGAUAAUUCUUUGGACAAUUUAAUGCGAGUUGCACAACAAAAACGUUCCUCUUUGAUUCACCUAUUUAGGCGUGGCUGUAUAAGACGCGGUGGCAGCUGUGAUCACCGACCUAGGGAUUGUUGCUAUAGCUCGAGUUGUCGUUGCAAUCUAUGGGGUUCCAACUGUCAGUGUCAACGGAUGGGUCUCUUCCAAAAAUGGGGUUAAAUUGGACAAUCUAUGGUGACCACUUUCUUAAUAUCAACCUAACCAAAACCUAUACUAUUAUAUUUUUCCUUUUCCCUUUACAUUGUGCAGCCUAACCAACCCUAACCCCCUCCACAUCUCCUUUUCCAUCCCCUACCCUUCGAAAAACGACAAGAAAAAAAGUGCAGAGAAACAAUUAUAAUAAUGAUAAUGAUAAUGAUAAUGAUAAUGAUAAUAAUAUUAAUAAGAAUCUUGUUUUGUGGCUCGUUGAGGUCGAACGUAUUUUUCUUUUCAUAAUAAUAAUAAU